AUGGACACUCAAAAGCCAAGGAAUGUGAUGGAAAAUCCUUCUACUAUGAAAUUAGAGACAAAUGCAGUAACUUUGACAAGUACUUCUCUAGUUUCCAAUGAUGAUCAGUGUACUGCAGAGUCGCUAGCUGGCAUUCAUUUAAUGGACUGGUGGGGAACUGAUGAUAAGACAGUAAUUGCAAUCAUGGCAUACAGGAACUCAACGCAAAGGAAACAUAUUCAAGAAGCCUAUGAAGAACUCUACAAAGAGAGUCUCACCAAAAGGGUUGAAUUUGAACUCAAUGGUAAUCAUGAGCUCCUCACUAGAUUAUUGGGCACAUAUUGGUACAAUGGCGAUGAGAUCGACGUUAAAUUAGCUCAGUCAAAGGCCUUGAUUAUCCAUGAUGCUAUCAAGUGCAAGAACUAUAACCAUGAAGAUAUCAUCAGAAUACUGACUACUCAGAGUAAAGCACAACUCAAUGCUACAUUCAAUCAUUAUACUAUUUGA